AUGACAUUAUAUGGUUACAGGACUUUGUUCUUCCUUGUGAAUGAUAGCACAUUGAGGGGAUUGGCAGUUGAGGAUCCAACAGCAAAGCAUGGCCUAAAGCUAGCAAUCAAAGGCUACCCAUAUGCCAAUGAUAGUCUGCUUAUUUGGGAUGCAAUUAAACAAUGGUUUACUGAAUAUGUGAACCACUACUAUCCAAAAGUAGAGAAGGUGAAAUCUGACAGGGAACUUCAAGCAUGGUGGGAAGAAGUUAGAACCAAAGGCCAUGGUGACAAGAAGGAUGAACCAUGGUGGCCUGUCCUGAACACCCAGGAGGACUUGAUCCAAGUUUCAACUACCAUAAUUUUGGUAUCUUCUGGUCAUCAUGCAGCUGCGAACUUUGGCCAAUAUGCAUACUGUGGUUACUUCCCCAACAGGCUACAAUUGCUAGAAAAAAUAUGCCAACCGAGAUCCAACAGAAGAGGACUUUGA